AUGGCCAACGGAACGCACUUCAGCACCCGGGACUGCAAAGAGGUCAGCCUCUUCUGCCCGGUCGAGGCCACCGUCCUGGGCUACUAUCCCAACCUGGGCGUCAACGCCUUCCUGGCCGCUGGCUUCGGUCUCUGCCUUGUCGGGCUCAUAGUAACGGGGAUAUGGAAGAAGACAUGGGGAUACUCGGCGGCGCUGGUGGCCGGGUGUAUACUUGAAUUCGCAGGCUACAUCGCCCGCGUCCAGAUGCACGCCAACCCGUGGAACCAGGACGCGUUCCAGACGCAGAUCUGCGCCAUCAUCCUGGCGCCGACGCUGAUCUGCAUCUCCAUCUACCUGACGCUCAAGCACGUGGUGCUGUCGCUCAACGCGUCGCUGUCGCGCGUGCGCCCGCGCCUGUACCCGGCCCUGUUCGUGCCCGCCGACGUCUCGUGCCUGGUGCUGCAGGCCAUCGGCGGCGGGCUGGCCGCGUCGGCGGGCCACGACAACGCCGCGCUGCUGCUGGCCGGCGACCGCGUCAUCAUCGUCGGCAUCGCCCUGCAGGUCGUCGUGCUGCUCGUCUUCGGCGCCAUGUGCGCCGACUACUUUGUGCGCGCCGGCCGCUGGCUGAGGGGCCAGGGCGACGGCGGCGACGGCCCGCAGCGCGAGGCCGCCCGCGCCAUCUGGGAGGACAAGAAGUUCCGCCUCUUCUUCUACGCCGUCGCCGGCGCCUACACGGGCAUCCUGAUCCGCUGCAUCUACCGUAUCGCCGAGAUGAGCGGCGGCUGGGGCAGCCCGAUCAUGCGCGACGAGCCGAGCUUCAUUGUGCUCGAGGGCUUCCUCGUCCUGAUUCCGGUCGCGCUCCUGACCGCGUUUUCACCGGGCUUCCUGUUCCCGGCCAUGGCGGAGCGGGAGAGCCAGAGAUUCCGGAGGAAGAACAAGGGCAGCAACAACAGCAGCGACAACCACGUCAGUGAGGCAGAGAAGGGCGGCGAGAUGGGCGUCACAUCGGGCGACGAGACGCCGGAUGCGAGAGCGGGUAGCGUUUAG